AUGGCCACUUCUCCAUCCCUUGCCUCCAUCCUCCUCGCCAUCACCAUCACAUUGGGAUCCUUAACCUUCCCUUCAACCGCCCAAAACUCCCAGCAAGACUACGUCAACGCCCACAACGCCGCCCGAUCCGCCGUCGGUGUCGGCCCCGUAACCUGGGACGCCAGGCUGGCAACCUACGCCCAGUCCUACGCCAACAAGCGCGCCGCGGCGGACUGCCGCCUCGUCCACUCAGGCGGGCCCUACGGCGAGAACCUCGCCUGGAGCAGCGGCGACCUCUCCGGCGCCGCCGCGGUGGCGAUGUGGGUCGGCGAGAGGGCCGACUACAACUACAACGCCAACAGCUGCGCCGCCGGGAAGCAGUGCGGGCACUACACUCAGGUGGUGUGGAGGAGGACUACUAGCAUCGGGUGCGCCAGGGUCAAGUGUCGCGACGGCAGGGCUACUUUCGUCAUUUGCAGCUACAACCCGCCGGGGAACUACGUCGGCCAGAAACCCUACUAG